AUGAAGGCCACUACUUUCUUCGUCAGCGCCCUUGCCGCCGUCGCCAGCGCUCUCCCCACCACGAGCAGCGUCUCCAGCGAGAAGCGAGCCUCGAUCGACCUCGGCUCCUUCAACAACUUCAACUUCGCCAACCAGGACCUGCAGUACCUGCUCGCCAUCAACAGCUUCGACCUGCAGUCGUUCGCCCAGCUCGCCGCCUUCAACAACCUCAACAUCGGCGGCCUGCAGGGCCUGUUCGUCAACAACCAGUUCGACAUCAACGCGCUGCUCCAGCUCCAGCAGAUCGCGCUCCUGUCCCAGCUCGGCGGCCUCGGCAUCUUCGGCAACUUCGACCUCAGCACCAUCCAGCUCAACGUCUUCGACCUCGGCGUCAUCGGCGGCAUUGGCGGCUUCAAUGUCGGCUCCCUCAUCGACCAGGCCCUGAUCCCCCAGAUCCAGACUGUUAUCCAACAGACUCAAAUAAACGCUGUGGUCCUCAAAUAG